ACUUGGAUGCGCUUAGGAGGAGGAGCUUUCACAUUCGAUCCUGUGAGAUGUCGCCCGUCCGCAGUUCAAAGUGUCUUUUUACUCUGAUGGCAUUUCUCGCCUUAGUUUCCGAAGGUCUCGGUAAUUUGCUGGAUAGAAUCCAGACUCAGACCUCUAGGAAAAUUCAAUCACAAACAGUGGCCGACCUGAUUAGCCGUCUUCUUCCGGAGCGUGCAGAAGAGUUUGAUGUCAAAGUAGAGGGUGGUCAUGCAGCAGAAGAAAAUGGAUACUUCCAAAUUACCAAAACGACAGAGAAUGCCACGGUUUUCAUUCAAGGAUCGACCGGUGUAAUGGCAGCUUGGGGAUUUCAUUAUUAUUUAACUCAAUUUUGUCGUAGCCAAGUUUCCUGGGAUGCAGAUCAAUUGAACUUACCUGCUGUUCUACCUGAAGUCUCAAUACGAGUCAACUCUCUAGACAAGGUUCGGUACUAUCAGAACACAUGUACAUUCAGCUACAGCUUUGCUUGGUGGAAAUGGCCACGGUGGGAGCGUGAAAUUGACUGGAUGGCCAUGAACGGAAUCAAUUUGCCUUUAGCCUUUACCGGACAAGAAAUCAUUUGGCGAAGAGUUUACCUGGGAUUCGGCCUGGAAGAAGAAGAUCUCGAUGAGCACUUUUCCGGACCGGCUUUCUUUGCUUGGAUGGCAUUUAUAGUCUUAACGCAACAGGGUGGUCCGCUGAGCGAUAACUGGAUGAAUGGAACGCUUGUUCUUCAACAUAGAAUACUGGAACGAAUGCGAGCCUUUGGAAUGAUACCUGUCCUCCCAGCUUUUGCGGGUCAUAUUCCUCGCGCUAUGGAAAGCGUUUAUCCUAAUGCAAGUUAUACGCAUCUAACAUCUUGGCUGAAUUUCGAGGACAAGUAUUGUUGUCCCUUGUUCAUUGAGCCAACCGACCCACUGUUUACUGAAAUCGGAUAUCGGUUUAUGGAAGAGAUGACUCUGGAAUUCGGCACGGAUCACGUAUACAAUUGUGACGUCUUUAACGAAGUGCGACCUACGUCACCCGAUCCCAACUUCAUUUCAUCAGUGGGAGCUGCGAUUUUCAAUGUCAUGUCAAUAACGGACCCUGACGCCAUAUGGCUGAUGCAAGGCUGGUUGUUUAAACAUGAUGCACAAUACUGGACUGCUGAUCUAGCAAAAGCUCUACUGACUUCUGUACCCCAAGGACGAAUGCUGGUCUUGGACCUUCAAGCAGAACUGGAUCCCCAGUAUAUCAGGCUCGAGUCUUUUUAUGGGCAGCCAUUUGUUUUUUGUUUGCUUCAUAAUUUUGGAGGCACUUUGGGUCUUAAUGGAGCUAUACCUACAAUCUCUAAGGGCGUCGUUGAUGCUAGAAAUUUCCCCAAUUCAACGAUGGUAGGGACAGGUCUGACUAUGGAAGGGAUCGAUCAAAACUAUGUCGUUUAUGACAAAAUGCUUGAAAUGGGUUGGAGGAAUCAAGUGCCAGACUUGAAUCAGUGGUUUCGCGAGUAUACUGUGAGGAGGUAUGGGGUUAACAAUUCGGCUGUUAUGUCUGCCUGGGGAUAUUUACAGCGGAGCGUAUACAACGCAUCGCACGAGAUAACCCGUAAUAGGUACAUUGUUCUCACGCGUCGACCUAAUCUAGUAUUCAAACCACCACCACCGGGAUGGUACACUCCUCAUGACGUAAUUUUAGCCUGGGACGCUUUUGUCCUCGGUGUACAGACCGAGCCAUCACUGGUGAACGCAUCCAACUACCGUCACGACAUCGUCGAUCUAACGAGACAAGCGCUCCAAGAAAUCUUUCACCUGUUAUACAACAAGCUCUUGGUCGUUUACAUUGAAAAGAACAUUACCGCAAUCGGAGAAGUUGGGCACAAUAUGAUUGAUUUAUUGCAAGACUUGGAUGAUCUGCUCCAAACCGGACCUAAAUUUCUUUUAGGCAAAUGGAUCGCCGAUGCUAGAUCGUGGGGGACGACUGAAGAGGAAAAGUUGCAAUACGAAUGGAAUGCUCGGAAUCAAAUCACGCUGUGGGGUCCUCGAGGAGAAAUACGAGACUAUGCAGCGAAACAAUGGGCAGGUGUUGUAACUGAUUACUUCAAGCCUCGCUGGGAACUAUUUAUCCGAGAAAUGCAAACUUCCCUAAACGAAAAAAGACCAUUCAACAAGAAGGCCUUUGAAUUGGCAGUCUUUGCAACCGUGGAAGAGCCUUUCACGUUUAGCACGAAAUUUUACACAGAUCAACCGAUAGGAGAUCCGAUAGUCAAAGCGACGGAGCUUUACGGCAAGUGGAAGAAAAUCUACGACCGUUACAUUGCGAGAGUAUCUUCAAACAUUAAAAAAUUGAGAACUAUUCAACGCCGUCCCGCUAUCAGAAGUAAACAGCGCAAACAUCAAAUAACGAGAACGAGCACUACUUUGCCAACUACCAAAGUUCAAUAAUUAAGUACAAAUAAUUUUUUAGUGAAAAAAUCCAUACAAUAGUCAGGUUGACGUAGCAACGUGCAUAUAAUCUCAUCUGAUAAUAGCCACAAUAAACAUGUUUUGUGUUCA